AUGCGCCAUAAACCUAGCAAAGCGAAGGGCUCGCGGGCUGUAGGACAUGCCUCGGGUCCGACACCUAUCUCUUCCGCCCUUCCUACUCAUCUCAGUUCUUCGACCUACGCUUCCGAAGCCGAAUACGAUGUUAGCGACGAGGUAUCCAAAUUACCGAUCGGCGCCCUCACGUUAGGUACAUCAGCGUUAAACCUACGUAAACCGAAACGAGAGAAACCGCAGCCCUUUCGAUUCCUCGAUCUACCAUCCGAACUGCGCUUGAAGGUCUACGGUUACCAUUUCGCUAACACCGGCGGAGUACUUGACCUUGAUCCGGACAACUACAAGAAGAUCCACCAAAAAUUAGCUAUUCUGCGAUCCUGUAGUACCAUAUAUCGGGAAGCCUCUUAUUUUUUCUACAGUACGCACCCCGUUCGCAUCUUUCCGACGCAUCCCGGACGUUAUUUCAAAACCAAAAAGCCGCUUCUGGCCCGUAUGAAGCCGUGUCAACGAGCCAGCUUGACCUCUCUCGAGUUGCGCUUGGGUCCAGGCUGGAGUAGCCCUCCUCGCGGUUGGGUAGUAAACCCUGCAUUGGGAUUAUCAGACUGUGUAAAUAUCACCAAGAUCACGGUCUACGUCGAAUGCGACCCGGGAAACGAUUUCUUUAAGGGAUUCCGCCAGCCGGACAACUUCUAUGAGCGAUUCUCGAAGUCACUGCUAACUAAUGUUCUCGACGAGAUGCCGUGGGUCGAACGGAUCGAGUUCGAAGCCUGGCUCAACGUGAAGAAGUCAGGCGUGCUCAUGCGCGGGCUAAUUGACGUGGUAAAAUCUCGGGGAUUGAAGAUUCUCUGGGGUAAAGAGAGAGGAUGGACUGAUGCGGAUGAGGUAGAACCACCUCCCGCGUUGGACCUCAACGCCCCCCUUCUUAAGGAUCACGGCAAUACAGAUAUUAUGGUCGCACUGUAG